AUCCUUAUAUCUUGGUCGAAACAGAUCAUAUCUGGUGUGGAAUACUGCCACAGAAACAUGAUAGCUCAUCGUGAUCUGCAGCCAGAGAACUUGCUGUUGGAUUCCAAAUGCAGUAUUAAAAUAGCAGAUUUUGGCUUAAGUAAUGUCAUGCGUGAUGGCCAUCUUUUGAAGACUUGUUGUGGAAGCACCAACUAUGCUGCCCCCGAGGUUAUUUCAAGUAAACAUUAUGCUGGCCCUGAGGUUGAUGUUUGGAGUUGCGGUGUCAUUCUUUAUACUCUUCUUUGUGCUAGGCUUCCUUUCGAUGAUGAAAAUAUCCCCAGUCUGCAUAAGAAGAUAAAAGCUGGGACGUACACUCGUCCUUGCUGUUUGUCUGCUUCAGCAAGGGAUUUGAUUUCUAGGAUUCUCGUAGUUGAUCCCAUGAAGCGAAUCACUAUUCCUGAGAUUCGUCAACGUCCAUGGUUCACACCUCAUCUUCCUCGCUAUCUGACAGUGCCUCUACCUGAUACAAUUCAGCAAGCAAAAAAGAUUGAUGCGGAUAUUUUUCAAGAAGUUGUUAAAAUGGGUUUCGACAAGGACCAUUUGGUCGAAUCUCUGCAUAAUAGAGAGCAGAAUGAGGUGAUUCUACAUGCAGCUGUUUCAUAUUACUUGCUUCUGGAUAAUCGGUUCUGUUCUACCGGUGGCUAUCUUGGAGCUGAGUUUCAAGAAACUAUGGAAUAUGGUUCCUCGUAUAUGAAUUAUUGCAAAACUCCAACUCCAGCCCUUACAAAUUAUUCAUCUAGAUAUAUGGAUCCACAGGGCGUUGGUUCUAGGGUACAUUCAUCUGAUUCCAAAGCAUGGGCUCUUGGACUGCAGUCGUCAGCCCAUCCUUGUGCAAUAAUGAUGGAGGUCUGUAAAGCUCUCCAACAACUUAACAUUUGUUGGAAGAACAUUGGACACUAUAAUAUUAAAUGUCGAUGGGCUCCUGGCUAUCCUGCUCCGCAUACUAAUCAUAGCAUUGGCAAUGAAGCUGCCAUCGCAGAAAUUGAUAAUAUUGCUUGGAUAUCAUCUUAUCUAGUCAAAUUUGAAAUUCAGCUGUACAAAACCAAGGAAGAGAAGUAUCUGCUUGACUUACAGAGAGUCCAAGGUUCGCAUUUCCUUUUUCUUUAUCUAUGUGCUGCCUUCCUUGAACAGCUUAUGUUUGUACCAUGAUAGUUCUCCAUUAGGGUUUUUUUUGUUUUUUCCUCUGCUCACUUUGAUACCCUUGAAGUUUGUGAAUAUGUAAAUAGGCACUCUCUGUGGCUUCCCUGUGGCUGCCAUGUCUUUGGAAUUGCUUUGGUGCUUUGGUGCUGAUUUUUUUCACUUUGGUCAACCAUAGCAUCCUGGUGGAUACUUCUGAAUCCCAUUUGAAACGAUAAUCUUGUUAAGAUUGCCUCUGCCCAUCAUGCAUUAAAUAGUAGUGCCUCAUAUUAUUGAAACCUCCUAUAUUUUCUGAUUGUUGUGGAUUUAGGGAGGGCUGGUGGCACAUUAAGAAGUCCACAGUCAAAAAUUCAGUAGUACCUAUUGACUAUUGUCUUUAUUUCCUUCAGAUGAUGACCUGCUAUCAAAUUUUGGCUGUGGUGAUCUGAUGCUAUAGAUUUAUAGCUUUCAACAUAUGAAAUUAUGGCUGAGUCAAUGUUGGAAUGAAGUGUUGGGUGGCAGCUAUUUUAUUGGAUUCAUUUUUUACAAACUUGUAACUUGGUCUGGACAAAUGAGCAUGCAGUGGAUCACUAUGGUGAUCUAAAAUGUCUCCUCAUUUAUCUGAUUUCUUUUGAUCCUAUUAUUUGUUUGACUGAUCGGAAUAAGCCAACUGGAGUAAAAGAGCCGCGGACUAUUGGCAAUCUUGAUCAUAAAUUUAGCUAAAUUAUAUAGAUGCACUAUAGCAAUGCAUUUCAUAGAUGUGAUAGCUUGCGUGCAUUUGCUUUGUAUUUUUGGAGACCGAGGAAGAAAGUGUAGCUAUCUUUUUCAGCUUGAUCGUU